AUGCUCUUCUUCGGCAGCUUCCUCUACAUCGCCGUGCUCCUCAUCAACUCGGUCGCCAUCCUCAGCGAGGACCGCUUCCUCGCCCGCAUCAACCUCUCCCCCGCCUCGUACGACCCGGCGUUCGGCUCCGGCGCCGACGCCAGCAUCAAGGCCAAGAUCAUACACCUCAUCGCCAGCGUCCGGACAAUCAUGCGCAUGCCCCUGAUAUUCGUCAACAUGGUCAUCAUACUCUACGAACUGGUCCUCGGUUGA